AUGCUAGCCGGCCUGGAGUGUACUACCGGCUAUCUCGAUGACGUCAUCGUCGGCGGUAAGACAAAGGAAGAACACUAUCGCAACCUGUGGGUCGCCUUGAAGCGAAUCCAAGAGUUCGACUUCACCAUUCGAGAGGAGAAGUGCACGUUUCGGAAGCAGCAAGUGCAGUACGUCGGGCAUGUCGUGGACAGUCGCGGGCUCCGUCCGGAUCCAUCCAACAUCGAGGCGAUCACCAAGCUUCCAUCUCCCACCGACGUUCCCGGAGUGCAGUCCUUCCUGGGGGCCAUAAAACAUUACGGCAAGUUCGUCUCCAACAUGCGCAAGCUACGAUAUCCGCUCGACAAUCUCCUCAAAGCAGAAGUUCAAGUGGACUCCGGAGUGCCAUUUGGCAACGCGGACCUGCUUUCCCGGUUGAUCAACCAGCACGUGAAGCCCGACGAGAAUUACGUUAUCGUUAGCGUCAACCUGGAAGAGGAUCUCAGGUCAGUUAUUUCUAGUUACCGUAAAAUGUUGCCUCUCCAUUUUGCAGCCGUCGCGCAAAGCACACAAGCAGACCCACUACUCCGCCGAGUCUACCACUACGUCCAAAACGGUUGGCCCCAGCCAAACUGGCCGGGCCCGAUCUCGCAAUGGUUCCAAUCCAGGCAGGAAUCGCUCUCCGUGGUAGAUGGGUGCCUCAUGUUUGCGAAACGGCUCGUCAUCCCGUCGCUGCAUCGUAAGCGCUGCUUGGAACAGUUCCAUCGCGGCCAUCCCGGAAUGCAGCGAAUGGAGGCCCUCGCUCGAAGCUACGCCUACUGCCCCAGCAUGGACACCGACAUCAUCGACUUCGUCCGAGCAUGCCAGCAGUGUGCGUCCGCAGCAAGAUCACCUCCUCACUCUCUGCCGGUGCCGUGGCCCAAGCCGACCGCUCCGUGGCAGCGCUUCCACGUCGACUACGCCGGUCCGGUCGAAGGCAAGUACUACCUCCUCGCAGUUCUCCAAAUGGCCGGAGAUCGUCCAGACAACCCGUGUCACCUCAGCGGUGACAGUUUCUAUUCUCCGUGA